AUGAACGACGAUAUAAACGACGACGACGACGACGAGAAACCGCUCGCAGCAACACCACUCGCGGCGACGACGACGACGACCAAAAACGACGACGACGAACGUGUCGAUAACAACGCGUCCAACUGUGCUUUUAAGAACGCGAACGACGCAAACACCUUUAACGAAAAAGCUCGAAUGGAAUUCGAUCGAACCCAAGAGUUCCCGACGCCGGAGACGAACAAACUCGAGGAAAAGGAAAAGGAGGACGGAAACGACGCAAAGGGGGGAGCAGAAGAAGAAGCGAAAAAAGACGAAGAAGAAGAAGAGAAGGAGAAAAAAACAACGAACGAGGACGAGGAAGAAAAGAAAGAGGAAGAAAUCAUCUUCGUCCUCGAGGAUUGGCCAGUCUCGGACGACUUUCUUUUGAUCAAAUGCGUGGAAAACGGGUGCGCGUUGGAAAGUUUAGCAGCCCCUUUCGCGAGAACGAGUACGACGACGAAAGGUGGAAAACACACACAAACGCACGUUCCAAUCGUGAACUUUUCGAAAGAGUACGCGCUGGAGGAAAUCGAGAAAAGAUGGCGAGGGAUUUUGUUCGGCGAGAAGAGCACGUACGAGGCGGCGAAGCGAUUGAGAGAGUACGCGGAGAAGGAAGCGCCGAAAGUAGAGGCGAACGUCGGCGACGACUUUAGGACGAGUUGGAAGAAGAGGAGGGGCGGAGAAGUGCCGAGGUUAAUUUCUGGCGAAGGAGAGGAGGAGGAUGAAGAGGAUAACGCCGCCGCGGUGAACUUUUUCAAAGACGCGGAGUUGUUUAUUCUCACCGAUUGCGAUCCUUUACCGUCCAAAGCGCAGUUGGACGAAACCUUGAAACGACAAGAGUCGAAGAGGAAAGAGAGGAACAUUCAUAAAAUUGCAAAGUUAGAGAAAGAUUUGACGACGGUAGCAUCACGAGCGAUGACGAGAAGUGGCAUAAUCGCGAAAAUUAUCGGACAGAACACGAUGUUUACGUUGACGAAGAGAGAGUCCACGGUUGGGAGGAGCGCGACGGAUAGCGCCGUGGACGUGGAUUUGAGCAAAGAGGGCAACGCGGCGAAGAUUUCGAGAGUGCAGGCGUAUUUGAAGUUGCGAUGGAACGGAGAGUUUACGUUAAGGAAUGUAGGAAAAAGACCGAUUUGGAUUAACAACAAACCGAUUGAGACGAACCAACGGGCGAGACUACAUUCACACGCGUUGAUUGAAGUCGGAGGAAUGCGAAUGCUGUUCGUACCGAACCCGUCGUUGGUGAGGUGCAUCCAACCGGAAUCGUAUAAAUAA